CCAUUAAAGUUAGUGAAAUGUUUAAGUGAACUCUAUAUUAACUCACUCCGUGAAGGCUGAAAAGUUUUGUCCUACAUGAGUCACGCCGGAGAUUCAUUGUAGCCUUCGUUUACAUUUUCAGUACAAUGAGACUCAGUACUGUUACUUUUAAAAAGGAAAUGAGUUGCAAAGGCGUUUCGCUGUUACAGUUGUGUUUUGAACAAAGACAGCACAGUCAUAUUAGCAUUUCCUGGUGGCUGGAGAGGUUGAGAGGAGGUUUCCUCCCGUCCUGUCUGUCCGGCCGGCCGGUGCGCAUUCUUCUGUUCCCGGCCGGUGCCGUCAUCGCGUUUCUUAUUCUUCUUCUUCUUCUUCUUCUUCUUCUUCUUCGUUGAGAUUUUUCAGCUGGCAUCUUUAGUGCUGCAUUACUGCCAUCUUCUAGGGAUUUUCCCAUCAGUCCUGUUCUCCGCAGGAAGCUGGCCAAACAUCUUCUAAGAAAUGUUAAGUUAAUUUGCAUAUCUCUACUAUCUUUGGAUCCAUCAGUAAAAACCUGCAGUCUGUCUAUUUACAUGUCUGAUAAAACGCACUCACUAUCUGCACUGAGUUUCUAGUAACCACACGGGGAUUAUAGGCCAUAUCACAGUUGGACAGAACUCCAGUUCAUAUAUUCAAGUCUCUGCUGCUGCAUCUCCUGUCCAGCCAAAACUUGAUUUUGGUGUUAUCUCCCUUUCCCAGCAGGCCUGUCGCACUGUUUUGGGUCUCCGUGACCUCUCAGAUUCACCCAGUGGUUGACUAGCAGCUGUUUUCUGCGUAAACACAGUGGCAUUUCUCCUGUAUCAGCUUGUAGGACACACACAGGUGCAGUUCUUACUGCCACAUACUCUAGUUUAUUUCCUAUAUCCAGUACUCUAUAGGGAGUCCCUUGUCCAAGAAAAGUGACACAACCCCCUCCUCCCCCAUCUGUCCUAUCUUGCCUAAUUGUCACAUAUCCAUACAUAAGAUAAAAAACAAAAAGUUGGGUUUCAGCCAUGAUUCCUGAACACAAAAUGUCUGGUUUCUCCCUGCUACUGUCUAUAAAUUGUUUAAAAUCCUGCCUGUUGGCUAUCAAACGUCUCAUAUUCCACUGAAGUAUUCAAACUGUUAUUAGUAUUAACCAACACAUGGUGACUCUUGGCUUGCCUGUAUACUUAAAUCGUCUCUUACUUCCUCCCAUUGCAAACCUAUCAUAUCAAGAUUGCUGCUCUAACAAUCAUUUGAAUCCUUUCAGUUUUAGACGUAACCUCAGAUGUUGCGUUCAUCACUCCUGCGAUAAAGCUCCCCAACUUAUUUUUCUUUGCUACGUCUUCCUUUGAUCAUCCCGCUCUACAUUCAUUGCCAUUGUCCUUUAUUACGGCUGUGCUCCUACAAUGUUUUUCCUGCCUUGCCAUUUUAACUGUCUCCGUGUAGGAGACUUUUUCCUUCGCUCUUUGGUCUGUUGGACCUCUGCCUCACGUUUCAUUACUUCACAACCCUGCUGUGCAGCACUGUGUUCACCUCUACAGUUACAGCACUUUGGUCACACUCCUUCUCCACACUUUCCAUUCUCAUGUUCACCACCACACCUAGCACAUCUUCUCUUUCCCAAAUUCCCGGCAAUUAAAAUACCUCAUAGGCUUUGGUAUGUACACUCUUAUACUGUAUUUCACAAAUCCAAAGUACAGCUCCUUUGGGAGAACAUUUGUCUCAAACUCUACCAAAACGGUUUCGGUCUCCUUUUUCUAGACUCCCCUUGUCAUUCCUUUAGCAUUUUUCUCUUAACUGUUUUGUACCCUCAAAUUCUCCACUAAUUCCUUCAUAUUAACACUGAGAGGUACUUCACAACUCACCCCCUUGCAGCCAUUCAACCUCUUUUCCCCACCUUUACUAGUUUGGACACUUUGGCUUCCAACAUUGAUAGAUGAGUUUGUUUGUUUAGAUCCUCAUUAGCUAUUGUAACAGAAGCCACUCUUCCUGGGGUCCACAUAAUACAUUUACAAUACUUCAAUAUUCACCAUAAGACUCAACAAUACUAAUGACAACACUGAGACAAAACAACACAAUCAUUCAAAAAAUCUGUAUAGUGCAACAGAUAGCUCAACAUCAUUAUAUCACCUCUUAGAGAACUAAAGUCAUCAGUAAAGCAACACAUAUCCUCUGAUCACAAAUAUAUCAGGAUGGAUCUCUCUCCAUCAGUGUCAAUAUUUCAAUAUUUUAGGAGCAAAACCAGGACAGUAUUUGGCUUCUCCAUUUCUUGUGUAUAUUCAAUCUUAAUGUUUUAUUAAAACAAGUUUAACUACUUUCUGCAGCCAGAAAUCCUGGUAACGUAUUCCAUGCCACCAUUGUCUGAUAAUUAAACCUCUCUCUCUCUCUCUCUCUCUCUCUCUCUCUCUCUUAUAAGCUCUCUCUCUCUCCUCUCUCUAAACCUCUCCUCUCUCUCUCUCUCUCUCUCUAAACCUAACACGGCAGCGGCAGAUGGGCGCCCAUCAUUGAGUCUGGUUCUGCUCGAGGUUUCUGCCUGUUAAAAGGAAGUUUUUCCUUGCCACUGUCGCCAAGUGUUUGAUGUGAUGUCAGAGUCUGCAGGCCGCUGUUCCUCUGUCUCCUCCAUCUCUUCCAUCUCUCUGGUGGAGAUCAAGGCUGAGACUCAUCUAGUCCUCCACGCUUUCCUCCAUCGGACCCUUUCCAUCCCCCUGAAAGAGAGGCCUGGCAGAGUAGGAGGUGCCUACAGAGAUCACAAUAAGUACAGCUCCAAGCCACAACCAAAAGCAAAGGAUGUGUGGAAUUCUCAGGCGGAAGAUGUCAGUUCAGCAGAUGAGAAGAAGACUGGAUUCAAAGACUUUAUAAAGCAGCUGCCUCGUCGUAACACCACACGCCGUCCUGCCAAAGACCAUAAAGGCUCAUUGGAUAGGGACAGCAGAGCAAAACUGUCACACCUCAGAGACCAAACAGAAGAUGAUGUCAUAUCACCCUCCUCUACAUCAGAAGAAGAUGACAAUGAGAAGAAACAGCAGAAGAAGUUGAACCAAAAGAAGAUUAGAAAAAAGAUCUCUAAGUUCUUCAGGUUAAAGUUAGAGAAAGAGAAGGACAAAGAGGGGCAUGGAUCUCAUCCUCAGAGGCCUUACACAUUGUCAGUCGACAAAGAACCAGAGCCUUCACCAACCAUCGUCUCUCCCAGUAUAGACCAUCCUCCGGAGUUCUAUAAUGAAGUAGCGGAGAAGCUGGAAAAGAUUGCCCAGAAGUCCACCAGUACAAAGAAACCCACAGCCCAGCCUUCACCAGCAGUGUGUGAGAAAGAGACAGUGGUGCAGCAGCUUGUUCAAGUGCUCUCUUUUGAGGGAGAUUCUAUCAACACCAAGAUCCAGUCGAACCCCUUCCUGCGCUCCAGCUUGGAUCGUCUUUCCUAUGCAUCAUUUGCCAAGCUUCUAGACACUUUCGGCAGCAGUCAGGUAUCUGAGACCCCAGCCCUGCCGCCAACAGCUAGUCCAACACUGCACCGCAUGGCUGUCACCAUGGAGUUAUCACGGCGGAUAGUGACAGCCACAGGAACCCAGCGCAUGCAAGGCUAUGCAGAGUGCUACAUGGAGACCUUUGUCCCGUGGGUCAAGAGCCAUGGAGGAUGGGAGAAUGUGGUAGAUUUGGAGGAGCGUGUAGAGUACGAUUGAGUUCUCAGAGCUCCCAGGUGUCUUUUUAUUCCAACUAACCACUGGUCAACACUGAGCUCUGGAUCAUGACAUCAAAGUGAGGAGAGACGGAUGGACCUUACUCUGCUUGCCUACAUGGACAAGCUUCCCCACAGAGUCUCAUCUGGACUGUGACAAGAUUCCAGAAGCUUCUAUGAUUUAUGUUGAUCUGGGAUCUGGACAUCAGAAAGUACUUUCACCAGAGGUUAUUGUUUUUACACAGUCAGAAGAUGAAGCUAUUUGUUCUUAUUGACUAGUGUGGAUUCUUUUAUAAAAAAAAAAGACCUGUCAAUCAGUUUGAGAGUGAUAGCAGGUUGUAAUCCUGUUUUGAGUUUUGGUAGCGAUUUACAUUUGGAUGAGAGAUCAGGCCUUUCAGACAAGCAUUUUAUUUUCUUAAUUCUGUUCAUUUGUUAAUUCUGUUGUGAGAUAAUUCCUCUUGUUACAGUUGCAAUUCCCCUUGUUUCAGGUCCUUCUAGAAAUGAGUGUCAGAUUGCUGUAUUGGUAUCACAGAAGUGACACUCGAUUCAAGAUUUCCUGAAACAAGUUGAUUUGUAUUGGGAAAAUAGUGAAUAAUCUCAACCCAGUUACUGAAUUUCCACGUUUUAAAAAAAAUGCAAGAUUGUAAGAUUCAAUAAUACACAAAACUGGCAGUUCUUUCUGUAGUGCAGUUUAAGGCUAACUACUGGUCAAGUAGAGAAGCAGGCAGAAAGGCCAUAAUGACUCUGAACCAUUUCAUUUCCAAAUGGUCCACACUUUUUACUUGUAUUCCUUUUUUUCUUUGCAUUUUUCACCCUUUUCCCCCAAUUUGGACAUGUCAGUUCUCUCUGCACUCCAGUCGUCAUUGUUGCUACCUCUCAUUCGUGGCCUUGCGAGGGUGUAGACAGUCAUGUUCUCUCUAACAUACACAUGGAGUCACCAGCUGCUCCUUUUCACAUGCUAGCGAGCAGCUUCACUGAGAGGGCGUAAUGCUCACGCAGGUUUGAUACUGAUCCCUCAGCAGUUUCCCAUGCACAAACACUGCCAUGUUUAUUUUUUUAUUGUUGUUUGUUAAAGGUACAAUCUCAUAUCUAAUGUAAUGUAAUGUACCAAAGGGUAGCCCUGCCACCAAAACUCAAACCAUCUGAUUAAAACAUUCUAUCGCUGUCAAAUUCAUUGGCAGGUCUUUUGGUACACAGACGAACAGUAAACACCAACUGAACCUAAGGUGUUGAGGUUUUUUUUUUAUUCUUCUAUUGUUUACAUUAGAAAACAUUAUUGAGAACAAUUGAAGUCAAACAAUGUGAACAAAGAUGUAUUCUGUAUGGUCCAAAAAAUACUGAUAUGUUAGUGGGAUUUGUUGGGUCUCUGUAAAUAAUAUUAUAGAGUACGGUCUAGACCUGCUCUAUAGGAAAAGUGCAAUAACUUCUGUUAUGAACUGGCGCUAUAUAAAUAAAAGUGAAUUGAAUUUAAGUGCUUUUAUACCAUAUUAUGUUUUUUUAUAUAUUUUACAUUUGAAGUGAUACUCAGGGAUGUGAUGUGAUAAGCAUUUGGACUCUGUUGUAGAAAUUUCUGUAAUAAGGUGGAUUCAACAAAAGCACCUCUUUCAGAGUUUUAUUGCAAUAUUCCUAUUCCUAAAAUCUAUUUGAAUGCCAUUCAUUAAAUCAUCAGUUGUAUUUCAAUCAUACAAACUCAUGUCACAGAACAUUUGUUUCUCUUAGAGACUAACACUUGACCUUUAACUGAUACACAGUUGUUCAGCUGCACAUUUGUCCAUUCAUAGUCGUAUCUAUCUUGAGGUGAACUUUCUGCCUUUUUCUGCUGACUCACCCGACAUUGACACUUAACAACUGUUAGGAAUGGUAGCUUGAACUUUCACACAAAAAUAAAGAAAUCAAAGUAU